AUGAUGGCUUCUUCCGACUCUCCAAAGAAGAUCGCCGUAAUUGGUGGUACCGGAAAUCUUGGGAGUUCCGUCGCAUUCUCACUCCAUGAUAACACUUCAUUCCAUGUCCGUGUCAUCACUCGAGAUGCCUCAGGUCCCAAAGCACAAAGAAUAGCAAAUGCCGGCAUUGAACUGGCGCAAGCAGAUGCUUGGAAACCCGAGGAAUUAGCCACGGCGUUUGCAGGAUGCUGGGGUCUCUUUGUCAACAUUGACUCGGACGCCCCUAACUUCAAGCAGCAGAUCGGGCCUUCAGAGUUAGAAAUGGGCAAGAUUCUUCUUGAUGCCGCAGCAGCAGCAGGGAUUGGCCAUGUUAUUCACGCCUCGUUGCCAGCUGCGACUGAGUUGACUAAUGGCUCUGUUCCGUUGGUAGCAUUUGAUGACAAGGCGGCGAUUUCCAAGUACGCUCUCCAGUGCGGCAAGUUCAAAACCGUCUCCAUCCUCAGCGCUGGGUGGUUUCUUGAGAAUGCCUUCGACCCCAAGUACACCGCUUCGUUCGGCGGUUUCGCUAUGAUUAAGGACGCCGAUGGCUACCUAACUUGGGCUACUCCUCGAAUGGGAAAUGACCCUGAGUCUGUGCCGUUUCUUGCUGCAGCAGACGACUAUGGUGACUUUGUGCAUGGUGUCUUCCUUGAUCCUGAGGCUUGGAAUGGGAAGUAUAUACACGGUGUAUCCGAGUCUUCCAGUUUCUCGAAUAUGACCGACAUCUUUGAGCGAGUCACUGGCAAGAAAGCACGCUACCGAGAGGUCGAAUCCCUGCAAGCCCCUGACAAGUUCAAGACAAAGGAGGUCAACGGUCUCUUUGAUUUGAUGCACGCUAUUAAGGGGAAUUUCUUCAAUGGAAUUCCCACCCAGCAUGAGGAUGCGAAAAAGCUCAAAGCAGCGGCUUCUCAAGCUAGGGGAAAGAGUAGUGAGGCCGUAGAGCCCCUGACUUUGGAAGGAUUUUUCAGGAAAUAUGCCAUGUGA